GAAUAUUUUGAAAAAGGUAUAAGAAACGUUAAUAAAGGUUCCGUUAUGAGUUACGUCGUUGGAUGAAGGAGCAGAGGCAGCAGAUCGUGUAUCGAGAUAAGUAACGAAGAGGGUGAAGGAGAAGGGGAAGGAGAAGGAGAAGUGGAAAGAGAAAGAAAAAAAGAUGAAAAAGAAAAAGCAAAAAGAUUUCACGUAUAAAUAUACCACUCCUCUCGAAUGUAUAGAAAGGGAGCAUAGGCGAAUGGUCAAGGAAGCGAAGUAAAUAAAAGAAAGAAAGAGAGUGAGUGAGAGAGAGAGAGAGAGAGAGAGAAAAAAAAGAAAAAGAAAAGAAAAGAAAAGCGCGCGCGGAUAGUACGUAGUGGGGAUAGAAGAUCGGAGCCAUCUGUCAUGGCCGAUACUCGGUGCGUGGAUGUAGUUUUGGUCGGUCCGUGUCGGCGCGCGGAGCGUCCUACUGCUGGUGUUGCAGUGAAAAAAGAUGGGUCGAAAUAAUGGGCAGACGAUUAAGCGAAGAAGGCGUUAGCGAUCUGACGAUCCUCGUACCGGAUGAUUUUUUCGAUAAGUCCGGGACGAUGGAGUCACGGACACGACGAAGUAGAUUACGGAGCGUCGUAGGGAUAUGUCUCUUUCUCGCUUUAACCGGGAUCGUUUAUCUUGGUUACUUUUGUCCGGAUCACGUGUGUGCCCUGACUAAUCGACAGGACAUCAAGGACUCCGCGAGAAUUUCAGAGGGUCUCUCUCUUGGAGCACCCGCAGCUGCCUUGUCUUCUGUCUCCAUCGAGAUUGACAAGAAUGGUCUCUUUUCUGUACAUCCUGCUUUUAAGCUUCAAAGUAUACAAGGAAGCCUUGGCUAUGAUGAUGUCUUUGCCAAUGAUACUUUUCAAUUUGACAUCAAUGCUCAUGACGUCAUGGUUUUCCUGCAUAUUCAAAAGACAGGGGGAACAUUGUUUGGUAAACAUCUAGUAAGAGAUCUGGAUCUCCAGAGACCAUGUUCAUGUCAGAGAAGACGUAAGCGCUGCCUUUGUUUCCGUCCAAAUCGCAAUGAAAAUUGGCUUUUUUCUCGGUAUUCUACUGGUUGGAAGUGUGGGUUACAUGCUGACUGGACUGAAUUAACUAGUUGCGUUGAUUCUGAAUUGAACAAAAUUGAAGGGGAAGGAAUUAAACGUAGAUAUUUUUACAUAACUAUUAUAAGGGAUCCUGUUGCACGUUAUUUGUCUGAAUUUCGACAUGUGCAAAGAGGUGCAACAUGGAGAGGUGCACGUCAUUGGUGUGGAGGAACUCAAGCUAAUAUACCACAGUGUUAUAAUGGACCUAGUUGGCAAGGAGUUAGUUUAGAACAGUUUAUGGAGUGCCCAUACAAUUUAGCAAGCAAUCGUCAAACAAGAAUGUUGGCUGAUUUGUCAAUAGUUGGUUGUUACAACUCUACGCUUAGCAGCUUGGACAAGGAUCGUCUUAUGUUGGCUAGUGCCAAACAUAAUUUACAAUUUAUGCCUUUCUUCAUGUUGACUGAGUACCAAAAAGUGGGCCAGUAUUCAUUUGAAGAAACAUUUGGAAUGAGAUUUGCUGUUGCCUUUGAACAGCAUAAUGCCACUCUUAGUGCAGCUACUAUGGCCACUCUUAACCCAGAACAAUUAGACGCAGUACGUAGACUUAAUAAAUUGGAUCUGGAACUGUAUGAUUUUGCAAAGAAACUUGCAUUUCAAAGAUUUAGAAGACUCAAAGAUCGCGAUCCUUAUUUUGUGCAACGAUUUCAACAUCUUGGAGAAUUACCCUCUAGACAAAGUGCCACAGAAUUUAAUUGGGACUCUGUUAUUGAAGAUACAACAGAUAACGAGUAAUAUGUGAGUAUAUUGAUAAACAUUAUCGAUGCUUCGCAUUUACGAAUAAAUACAGCGGUUGCACUGGAUCUGAGUAUCUCAGGGAAAUGCCCUUGGAACAGAAUGCUUUAUAUACAUAUAGUUAUCAGGCGCAUUUGUUGCGUGAAUUUUACCAAAAGUGUUGUAGAAUUUUACUUGGACAAGACCAAAGAGAGCUCCAAGAACCUUGGUAUUAUCCUUGGUACUUUUUCAGUGGUUUCAUAUAAGAAUAGAAGUCAAAUAAUUAUAAAAAUAAACAAACAAACUUUAUAUAUUCUUAAAACAUUUGCAAACACUCUGUGAAAGCUCUUCCAUAUAUGUAUAUGGCUAAUAUAACUUUGCUUAUAAUGCUGAGAAACAACUAUAAAAGUACUGAUUUUUCUUCUAUAUGUGAAUAUGAAUUCAUGAAUGGGAUUGCAUCUAUAUUUGGUAAAACAAAUUUUUAUAAUAGAUACACAUGUAGAAUUUAAACAUUUUAUGCGUUCAACAGGAUUCAAGGGAUUUGUACAAAAAAAUUAGAAAUAGAAGUUCUAUUUCAUUGUGAUAAAAUCUUUAUAUCUUUAUAUAUGUGCACUUUAAAAUGUAGUUUCAAUACUGAGAAAAAUCAAUUUCUUCAAUCAUAAAAUGAUAAAGUUCUAUUUUAUUUUUAUCAGUUUCAUACUUGUCUAAUAUAUUUAUCUAAAAAUAUCAUUAAGUGUAUGUCUUUUUGUAAGUAAAAAAAUACAAAUGUUACAUCUUUUUAAAUAUGGUAUUAGGAUAUGACUGCAAAUAAUUAGGCUCGAUUAGAUAUAGAAGUUUAAAAUAAAUUAUCUCUCAGUUUAAAUGCAUUUAUAAGGAAAACUCUCAUAUAAGCGAGUAAUACUUAUGAUGUAUUUUUAAUUAAUGCAGAAUUUAUGUAAGUACAUUUUUAUAUUUCAAACAAUUUAGCUUUUGGCUUAGGGUUGUGACAUCUAGUUAUUAAGUAUAUAUUUCGAAUUAUUAUUAUUAUUCCAAAAUAAUUAUUUUUCAAUUACUUGUAAUUAUUACAAUAUUAUAA